AUGAAGACCGCUGUUGUCCUCGCCCUGGCUGGUGCUGCCAUUUCGGCUCCCACCCGCACCCUUGAGAAUCGCCAGUUUUCUGGUCUUAGUUCCGGAAGUGGUACCGAAAGUGGUCUCGAUGCCCUCAAGUCCCUGAUUCCUAGCGGCAUCCCCAGCUUCCCACACUUCAGUGGCCUUCCUGGUCUCGGAGGCUCGGGUGGCUCGUCCAGUGGUCUUCCCAGUCUCCCCAGCUUCAGUGACUUGCCUAGUCUGGGUGGCUCUGGGGAUCUCCCCAGUCUCCCCACCGGCCUUCCCAGUCUUUCUGACCUCGAGGGAUCCAGCGCUGAGGGUGAAGCUACCAAGACCGAGAAGCGUCAGUUCUCCGGUCUUGGCUCAGGCAGUGGCGAUCUGAGCUCGUUUGAGUCUCUCAUCCCUAGCCUGGGUGGCUCAUCCACCAGCGGUGGUGGUCUCAGCGCUCUGGAAUCUCUGAUCCCCAGCAGCGGAAGCACCGGCGGUGGGCUCAGCUCUCUAAUCCCUAGUUUAGGCGGUUCAUCCACCAGCGGCGGUGGUCUGAGUGCUCUCGAGUCGCUCCUCCCCAGCGCAGGCUCUUCCACCGGUCUGGGCUUCAAAGCCCGCCGUGACGCUGAAAUCGAGAAGCGUCAGCUCAGUACGUUGACAUCCCUAUUCCCCACUCUGUCGAGCUCCAGCUCUGGCUCGGACUCGACUUCAAGCUCUUCGGACAGCUCGUCCGGCAGCGGCUUCAGCAUCCCCGGCCUCAGUAAUAUCUCCGACAAAAACCACUCCAACGGCGUGACCUCCAACACCGGUUGCCAGGAGCUGACUUUCAUUUUCGCUCGCGGUACCGGCGAGCUCGGUAACAUGGGCUCCGUCGUUGGACCCGAGGUUGCUACUCAGCUCAAGUCCCUUACUUCCAACAAGGUCACCAUCCAGGGAGUGACUUACUCUGCCGAUGCUGCUGGUAACGCUCAGCUCGGCGCCAACGGUGGCCCCAUCAUGGCCAAACUCGUUAAGCAGGCUCUCAGCCAAUGCCCCAAUACCAAGGUCGUAGUCGGUGGAUACUCGCAGGGAGCCAUGGUCGUCCACAACGCCGCCAGCAGCCUCUCUUCCGGUCAGAUCUCCGGUGCUGUUCUUUUCGGUGACCCGUUCAAGGCCCAGGCUGUGUCCAACCUCUCCGACGACAAGCGCAAGGAGUUCUGUGCUACCGGCGACCCUGUUUGCGAGAACGGCUUCAACGUCAUGGCUCAUCUCACCUAUGGAAGCGAUGCGAAGACUGCUGCGCAGUUCCUCGUUUCCGCUGCUGGUCUUUCCUAG